AUGUCGCCCAAAUACAACCAAUUGUAUCUAUCUAUCUAUCUAUCUAUCUAUCUAUUUCAGUUUUCUAAUUUGCCUGUCUCAGUCUUCAUAUCUAUAUAUCUAUCUAUCUAUUUGUCGAUUGAUAUAGUUGCUUUCUUUCUUAACAAAUUACUUAUACUCUUCCUAUCCUUUCGUUCGUUCUUUCUCUUUCUUUCCCUCUUUCUUUCUCUUUCUUUCCCUCUUUCUUUCUCUUUUUCUUUUUCCUGUUUUUCUUUCUUUUUUCUGUUUUUCUUUCUUUUUCUUUUUUUCUGUUUUUCUCUUUUUUCUGUUUUUUCUUUCUUUUUUCUGUUUUUUCUCUUUCUUUUUUCUUUCUUUUUUUACCGUCUUUCUUUCUUUUUUCUUUCAUUAUUUCCUUCUUUCUUUCUCUCUUUCUUCCAUUCUUCUUACCAAACUCCUUUCGUUACUCACGCUUUACUAUUUAAUUUUAUUACGUUCUUCUACCAACAUCCACCUUCCUUCCUUCCUUCCUAUAUAUUUUAUGUAUUUAUUUUUUUUGUUCUCCUCCUUUCAUUAUUUUUUCCAUUUCAUCGACUAAUUUUCUUUCUUUCUUCCUUUUUUUUCUUUCUUUCUUCUUUCUUUCUUUCUUUCUUUCUUUCUUUUUCUUUCUUUCUUCCAAGUUCUUUCUUUCUUUCUUCCAAGUACUUUCUUUCUUUCCUUCUUUCUUUCUUUCUUCUUCUUUCUUUCUUUCUUCUUUUCUUUUUUUCUUUCUUCCUUCUUUUUUUCUUUCUUUCUUCGCUUUCUUUCUUUCUUUCCUUCUUUUUUUUUCUUUCUUCCUUCUUUCUUUUCUUUUCUUCUUUUCUUUCUUUUCUUUCUUCUUUCUUUUUUCUUUCUUCCUUCUUUUUCUUUUCUUUCUUCUUCUUUUUUUUCUUUCUUUAUGGUUUUUCUCUUUCUUCUUUUCUUUUUUUUUCUUUCUUUCUUUCAUUUUCUUUCUUUUUUACUUAUCCUAUUUAUCGUUCUUCACUUUUCUUAUUCUUUCUUUCUGUCUUUCUUUCUUUCUUUCUUUCAUUUUUUCUUUCUUUUUUCUUUCUUUCGUUUAAUCGACUCCUUUUCUUGCCUCUCCUUUUCGUUACUCACUCUUUUUCUAUUUGCUUUUACUACGAUCUUUUACCACCUUUUCUUUCUUUCUUUUCUUUCUUUCUUCUUUCUAUCUUUCUUUCUAUUUCAUCGAUCCUUUCUUGUUCCAAUAUUUUUUCUAUUUGCUUUUUAAUUCACCCACUAUUUUUUUCUUUGUUUUUUCUUUCUUUUUCUAUCUUUCUUUCUAUUUCAUCGAAUCCUUUUCUUAUCUCUCCUUUCGUUACAUUUACUCUUUUUCUUUACUUACUAUUUACUUCUUUCUUUCUUUUUUUCUUAUUUUUUGUUCCAAUACAAAUCAUGUUUUUUUAUUUGUUUUGCCCAAUACUAUACUUCCUCUACACGUUUUUCUACUUUUCUCGUUGCUUUCCACUUUUUCAUUACUUCUUUUCCUUCUUUGUUUUCCUUCCCUUUUAUGAUUUUAAUUUUGAUUUUUCUAAUAUUCCUCAUCAAGACAAUAUUUGGCAUUUCCAAAAUACUCUUCUUCUUAUUCUUAAACUUAUUCUCCUUCUUAUUCUUCUUUUUAUUCUUAUUCUUAUUCUUCAUUUUAUUCUUAUUCUUAUUCUUCUUUUUAUUCUUAUUCUUAUUCUUCUUUUUAUUCUUAUUCUUAUUCUUCUUUUUAUUCUUAUUCUUAUUCUUCUUUUUAUUCUUAUUCUUAUUCUUCUUUUUAUUCUUAUUCUUAUUCUUCUUUUUAUUCUUAUUCUUAUUCUUCUUUUAUUCUUAUUCUUAUUCUUCUUUUAUUCUUAUUCUUCUUUUUAUUCUUAUUCUUAUUCUUAUUCUUCUUUUUAUUCUUAUUCUUCUUUUUAUUCUUAUUCUUCUUUUUAUUCUUAUUCUUCUUUUUAUUCUUAUUCUUCUUUUUAUUCUUAUUCUUAUUCUUAUUCUUAUUCUUAUUCUCAUUCUUAUUCUUAUUAUUAG